GCACCAUACCCGCGCAGUCGCCGCUCACCACCCAAUAAUGGAGGCAACACUGCCGCUGCUACUCUUGCUCGUCCUCCUGCUCCUGUUCCUCGUCAAGCUCGUCGCCAAGAACCACUCCUCGCCGCCGCUGCGGCUGCCUCCCGGGCCAUGGCAGCUUCCGCUCGUCGGCAGCCUCCACCACCUACUCCUGUCCCGCCACGGCGACCUCGCCCACCGGACCCUGCGCGAGCUGUCCGGUGAGUACGGUCCGCUCAUGAUGCUCCGCCUCGGCGCCGUGCCCACGCUGGUGGUGUCCUCCGCCGAGGCGGCCAGGGAGGUCAUGAAGACCCACGACGCCGCAUUCGCGAGCCGGCACCAGACGCCGACGAUGGACGUGUUCAGCUGCGGCGGCCGCGACAUCCUCUUCUCCCCCUACGGGGACCUGUGGCGCCAGCUCCGACGCCUCUGCGUGCUCGAGCUCUUCAGUGCGCGCCAAGUCGAGUCCUUCCGCCGCAUCCGCGAGGAGGAGGCCGCGGGCCUCCUCCGUUCCGUCGCCGACACCUGCGCCGCACAGGGCGGCGGCGCCGUGGUCGACAUCGGCGAGAGGAUCUGCCGCGCUAUGAAUGACUCCGUGGCGCGCUCGGCCUUAGGCGCCCGGUGCGCGCGGCGCGACGAGUUCCUGCGCGAGCUCCACAGGGCCGCGCAGCUCGUCGGCGGGUUCAACCUGGCAGACCUGUACCCGUCGUCGCGGCUCGCGCGCUGGCUCAGCCGCGCGCUGCGGGAGAGCAAGCGGUGCAACCGGAACGUGCGCGACAUCAUGGGCGACAUCAUCCGCGAGCACGCCGUCGACGACACCGGUGACGGCGUAGGGGAGGAGGAGAACCUGCUCGCCGUGCUGCUGAGGCUGCAGAGGGACGGCGACGCGCAGUGCCCACUGACCACGGAGAUCAUCACCACCCUCAUCAUGGAAAUACUGGCAGCGGGGAGCGAGACCUCAUCAACAACCCUAGAAUGGGCCAUGUCAGAGCUGACAAGGAAUCCACGAGUCCUACUGAAGGCUCAAGCAGAAGUGCGAGAGGCUUUCAAGGGGAAAGACAAGCCAACGGAAGAUGACCUCCAAAAGCUAAGCUACUUACCCCUGGUGGUCAAGGAGGCGAUGCGCCUACACAUACCAGUUCCAUUCUUACUCCCACGAGUCUGCCGAGAGACAUGCCGUGUCAUGGGCUACGACAUACCCAAGGGAACAAAGGUGCUUGUAAAUGCAUGGGCGAUAGCAAGGGAUGGUAAGUACUGGGAGGAGCCUGAGGCGUUUAAGCCAGAGAGGUUCGAGAGAAAUAAUGUUGGUUUCAACGGCGUCGACUUUGAGUAUAUCCCGUUUGGUGCGGGCAGGCGGAUGUGCCCCGGCAUGGCGCUUGGGCUGACCAACAUGGAGUUGGCGCUUGCAAGCCUUCUUUACCACUUUGACUGGGAACUUCCUGACGGAAAGAAAAAAGGGGAAGAACUUGACAUGAGUGAGGCGUGUGGUCUCACCGCAAAGAGGAAGUCCAAGCUCGUGCUACACGCUACGACACGUAUUCCCUGUACAUAUUGACCUAGCUAUGUUCUUCUCUCUUCUUUUCUUUUUUCCGGAUCGAUUCCGCAAGACAAUGGCAUUUAAGUUGUAGUAAAUAAACUAUUGUACCCGCCCGUAUAGUUUGCAAUAUACUCCAAUUAAAGUCUA